UGAUGUUAUAAAUCGAAUCGUAACUCAGUUCUCUUUAUUUAAACUUUUAAUUAAUUUAAUUAUUUAAUAUGAGUUGCUUAAGUGAUUUAUCUCGUUCUAGUGAAUAUUUAAGCUUUAGAAGUAGUAUACCACUACGUAAAAUAGUUGUUGACUCAGAUGGCUCCAAGGCUUGGCGAAUAUUUGACAGUGGUCCAAAAUCUGUGAACUGCCCUCUGGUAUGUCUGCCUCCAGUUUCUGGUACUGCAGAUAUUUUUUACAAGCAAAUAAUGGGUCUCACAACUAGAGGUAUAAGAGUGAUAGCAGCAGAGCCUCCUCCAUAUUGGAACCUGAAGGAAUGGUGCGAUGGCUUCAAACGACUGAUUGAUUAUUUAGAAUUGGACAAGAUACAUAUUUUUGGAGCCUCUCUUGGUGGAUUUAUAGCACAGAAGUUUACAGAAUCAACUUUAAACUGUCCCCGUGUUGCUUCAUUAGUACUGUGCAAUACGUUCACCGAUACAACAGUGUUUGAAUAUAAUGAUUCCUCUGCACUCUUCUGGCUUCUACCCUCACUUGUGUUGAAAAGAAUGCUAAUGGGCAACUUUACAACGGAAAAAGUAGAUAAAAGAAUGGCAGAAUCAAUUGAUUUUAUGGUGGAAAGGCUAGAAUCCCUGACUCAAUCUGAACUAGCAUCUAGAUUAACUAUCAACUGCACGCCGUGUUAUGUUCAACCGCAAACGCUUAUGCAUUUACCGAUCACGAUAAUGGAUGUUUGGGACGAGAGUGCUUUGAGUUCUGGAGUUCGCGAGGAUCUGUACAAGUCGUACCCUCAGGCCAAACUAGCACAUCUCAAGAGCGGGGGUAAUUUCCCCUACCUCAGUAGAAGCGAUGAGGUCAAUUUGCAUUUAAUGAUACAUUUAAGACAAUUCGACGGAACCGAUCUGUCCCCAUCAUACUUGAGCCUCCACAAACUGGCAGCUUCAAACCAACAGCCCGAAGAAGGAACGGUUAGCUAUUUCAAUCAAAGGGAUAAGUUUGUUAAAAUAUCGUAAAGGCUAAUUUUACUUGUAAUAUUGUUAUGUAAUCUAUUUUUUACAUGUCAUAUUAUGUAAAGAAUCUUAUCAUUACCUUUUGGUGGACGUUUUAAAAAUAGAAAAAAAACCUACAGUGUAGUAAAAUAAAUAAAAACAUAUUUUCGAAUUACUUCAUGUUCUUUUAAAGGUAAUGAAAAGAUUGUUUUCGUAAGGGAAAAAAUGGAAAAUUUAUUAGUAUAUUAAGUGACCAUAUUAAUAAGUACAUUAAGUAUAUAGGAAAAAAUGAUCGUGAAAUGCACAUUCUGGGGUCGGACGGGUCAAAACAAGAACGGGAAAUAAUGCCGUUAUUCAACAAAAUCAUGAUUUGAGUGUGAAGUGGGGAAACAUAUUAUUACAAACUAUGCUUACUCGAUAGUUAUGGAAAUAACUUUUCAAGAAUGAUUCAUUAAUCAAUCAAAAAUACUUGAUUGCAAACAAAAACAAAAUAGAAAUAAUAAAAAAAUAACAAAAGUUAUUUAUUAGUUUUAAUUUAAAUUUGGUUAACGAAGGCGGCCUUAUCACUUAUAGUUGUUAUAAAAAAGUAAAAAUCUAUCGAAUGAUGGAUAACGUAUAGCAUAGGUACGGCAGCAUUAACUGAGAUGAACAUAUUGAGAUGGGUGUUUAGCUUAAUGAAAUCAUCAAUAACUUAUAAAAUACCGCUGCUGGAUUGAAUGCCUCUCCCAAUUUGAGGGUUUGCCCAUAACCUCCACGCUGGGCAGACGGGUGACUGCAGAGGAGAAGCAUAGAGGACGCUGCUACCCGUUUUUCUCUUCUUGUCGCCUUGUACGACCCACGCGGGAAAAGGGGGGUGAUGUAAAACUAUUGCAGUCACAUGUUAAAAGUAGCGUGUUACAUGACUCUUGCAAUGGUAGUGGCACAAGUGAAAUAGUGUUAAUUUUUAACCAUUAAUGCAUUUGGCAUUAUCUUAGUUGGCUUAUUUUAAGCCAUUGUGCAUUCAGUUUCACUGAAUAUGAAAUUAAGAGAAAGUGAAGGUAAAGUUAAUACAAAAAAUUAUAACUUUUUUUAGCUGUGCCACUAUGAGACACUAUUAGAAAUAAACAGUUAUAUCUGACAGCACUACUGUUAUUUAAAAAAAUAGUAUAAUCCGUAUUUAAUCUGAUGAAAUGCGAACAUUUCAUUAAUUAUUUUACUGAAAUAUAGAAAAAAAUUAUAAUUUAGCAAUGUGUGCCGCCUGUGAAAGUCCUACAAACAGAAUAACUAGUAUAUCAUAAUUGCACUAUUGGCAAAAAUAGUGCUCGCUUAAUUUAUGGGAAGUAAUUUGUCGAUAAAAUUGAACUAUUUACAUGCUAUUUAUGUUAUAUAUUACAGAAUAGGUAGGUUUAUAUGCCUUUGUACUUACGGUCUGUGAACUUGUCGUUUCUAUUAGAUAAACUUUUUAUCGGAAUUCAUUAAACUUUGUACAUGAACAAAAUUAUUAAAUAGGUAAAUGUUGUAUAUCAAAACAUUUCAUUUUGUGGCACCUACUUUUAAAUGUUGACUUUUAUUAAUAAACAAAAUAUAUAAUUUAUUAUCAUGUCUAUUUUAAGAAAUGAUAUUUGAAUAUUAUUCGUUUUUUUAUAUUAUGUUCAAAAUCUGAUAACAUCAAAUUAAAGACUUUAUGAGAAUGUAUAGACUGUAUAAUGUAAUGUUGUUUAAAAAUGUCUAAUUAUAAGAAUAUUAGGCUGCUAUUAAAUUUUUCUCCUACCUGGGUUCAGUGGUAACCGCUGUGGUCUUAUAUGCGGGAGGUCACGACUUCGGUUCCCCAAGGGACAAUUUGGAAAUUAUUUCAGAAUCUGAUUUGGUCUGGUCUAGUUGGAGGCUUUGAAUUAACGAUCUGGUACGAUGCCGAGUAGAAACCAAUUAGGGGUAUGGCUGUAAAAUAACUGGCAUACCCUAACAGGUAAACUUACUGCCAUCUUAGAGUGUAUCAUCAUUUUCCACCAUUCAAAGAAAUCACCAUUUGUGAUUUCAAAAAUGGUGAUUUCUUUUUCUUUCUUUCUCUUUAUAUAUAUAAAAUUAGAUUAAGGUACAUCAUUUUGUAUAUGACAUACUGCCAAUAAAACAAAAAGGAUUCAA